UAAAAAUACUUUAUUGCUAAAAAAUGCCAGUGAUCAUCUGAACCUUCAGCAAGUCAUAAUCUUUUUGCUAGUGGAGGGUCUUGCUUUGAUCUUGCUGGGGGCUGACAGAUGAGGAUGGUGGUUGAUAAAGGUUGGCAUGGCUGUGACAAUUUCUGAGUGGCUGCCUGGAGCCUCAGGCAUGGGGUUGCAAUCUUUGGUGUGCAUGUGUGGGCAGAGCCAAGAUGCUUCCUGAAGCUGCAGAGAGGGGGAGCUCUGAGAUUCUUGUCACCUUUUGAAUGGUUGGAUUUAGCUCUUGGGGUAACUUUUUCCCCAAAUGUCUUGCAGUCAUUUGAGCAGAACAACAUCACUUAGUAUCUUAAUGAUGCCUGCUGCAUAGCUUGAUAGAGUGGAGCUUUUCACAAACGGCUGGACUCAAGAAACUGGUUGUACAUCGUCAACCAUCUUUUCCAACAAUCCCUUCUUCUCCCAGCUUGAUUUUUCUAUUUCUUGUAGAGAUGGGGUCUAGCUAUGUUGUUCAGGCUGGUCUUGAACCCCUGGCCUCAAGUGAUCCUCCUGCCUCAGCCUCCUAAAGUGCUGGGAUUAUAGGUGUGAGCCACUGUACCCGCCCAGGCACGCAAAUCCCUGGAUUUGUGGAUUUGCUGUGUACCCACAUGGUGUGAUGUAAAUAUGAUUGUAGGCUCAGAGCCUUCAGUCCCUACCCAAAUAAUGUGGUUGGGACAUUGGCACUGGACAGUCUGUGGAAAAGUGAAGUGACCUUCCUACUUUCCAUAGCUGGUAACUGUCCUAGCUGGGUGUUAGUCUUAGGUCUUUGCCCUCCAAGUGGGUGCUCUGGGCCUUCCCACUAGUAGGGUAGGGAGGGACAGGACUCAGGCUGGAUUCUCACAAUGCUGUGCUCUUUCAGGAGCCAUGAGGGGCCAGCGGAGCCUGCUGCUGGGCCCGGCCCGCCUCUGCCUGCGCCUGCUUCUGCUUCUGGGCUACAGGCGCCGCUGCCCACCUCUGCUCCGGGGCCUGGUACAGCGCUGGCGCUAUGGCAAGGUCUGCCUGCGCUCCCUGCUCUACAACUCCUUUGGGGGCAGUGACACUGCGGUUGAUGCUGCCUUUGAGCCCGUCUACUGGCUGGUGGACAACGUGAUCCGCUGGUUUGGGGUGGUGUUCGUGGUGCUGGUGAUCGUGCUGACAAGCUCCAUUGUGGCCAUUGCCUACCUAUGUGUCCUGCCCCUCAUCCUCCGAACCUACUCAGUUCCACGACUUUGCUGGCAUUUCUUCUAUAGUCACUGGAAUCUGAUCCUCAUCGUCUUCCAUUACUACCAGGCCAUCACCACUCCGCCUGGGUACCCACCCCAGGGCAGGAAUGACAUCGCCACGGUCUCCAUCUGUAAGAAGUGCAUUUACCCCAAGCCAGCCCGAACGCACCACUGCAGCAUUUGCAAUAGGUGUGUGCUGAAGAUGGAUCAUCAUUGCCCCUGGCUGAACAAUUGUGUGGGCCACUAUAAUCAUCGGUACUUCUUCUCUUUCUGCUUUUUCAUGACUCUGGGCUGUAUCUACUGCAGCUAUGGAAGUUGGGACCUUUUCCGGGAGGCUUAUGUUGCCAUUGAGAAAAUGAAACAGCUCGACAAGAACAAACUACAGGCGGUUGCCAACCAGACUUAUCACCAGACCCCACCACCCACCUUCUCCUUUCAAGAAAGGAUGACUCACAAGAGUCUUGUCUACCUCUGGUUCCUGUGCAGUUCUGUGGCACUUGCUCUGGGUGCCCUAACUAUAUGGCAUGCUGUUCUCAUCAGUCGGGGAGAGACUAGCAUCGAAAGGCACAUCAACAAGAAGGAGAGACACCGGCUACAGGCCAAGGGCAGAGUAUUUAGGAAUCCUUACAACUAUGGCUGCUUGGACAAUUGGAAGGUAUUCUUGGGUGUGGACACAGGAAGGCACUGGCUUACCCGGGUGCUGUUACCUUCUAGCCACCUGCCCCACGGAAACGGAAUGAGCUGGGAGCCCCCUCCCUGGGUGACUGCUCACUCAGCCUCUGUGAUGGCAGUGUGAGCUGGACUGUCAGCCACAACUUGAGCAUUCAUUCUGCUUCCUACGUUGUCUCAAGGGCCAAGGGCAGCUUUUCUUGGAAUUGAUGAUAAAAAAGAGCCAGUGGGCCUGCCUCAGAGUACCAUACAGGGACAACUCAAGGACCAACCUUUUGGCCACUGCGGAAGACACAAUGUGAAGAAAUCUGAGGACUGGCAUCCUUUUACUCAGGCAAACAGAAGUUCCAGGCCCAGACCAGGGUCAGGCUGCUGCCUUGCCCAGUGCUGACCCUGGCCCCUCCUGGUUAUAGCACCUCUUAGACUUGCUGUCUGAGAAAACACCUAACUGGUACAGCUGAGAUCCCAGCUUCUCAACAGGGCAGAGUUACCAGACCUGCUGCUGAGGUCACUGCCACUUCUCAUAUGCUGCUGAAGGGAGCAAAAAUAAAGGUAUUUGAUUUUUAACAACA